AGCUGAUUGAUGUGGGGGGGGUACCUGAAAUGAGAACAAAAAGACAAGGCCACACACACACAGGCCCGUAACACAUGAUAAGAAAAAGAUACUGAGAGGCUUUGUUACAUAGCCAUGACCAAUACGCUAUGUCUAAUUGUGAUGUGGACCAUUUAAAAACGCUGACUUUGAAACCCUCAUUCAGUUUUCAUGGAGCAGUUUCUCGCAUCGUGCCUUAACUUGGUCUACUUUUGACUGUAUUUUUUUUUUGUGGAACUCUUAACUUAACGUUUACAAAAUGGCCCCUGGUGUUUCCAAUUGUCAUCGUGAAGUUCCUUUGUCCAUCUCCUUCUCUGGAUCUGGAUUCUUGGCCACCUACCAGUUAGGGGUCGCGCAGUGUUUCCUAAAUAAUGCCCCCUCGUUAUUGUACAUGGCGCCUUGUGUCCUUGGAGCAUCUGCCGGAUCCCUGGUAGCAGCUGCCGUGGUCUGUGAAAUGAACCUGAUUGCCAUUCGGGACGAGAUGAUUCAUUUUGCCAAACAGAUGAAGGCUUUUGCAUUCGGACCAUUUAACCCUUCAAUCAAUGUUUUCCACUGGUUAGAGUUUAUUUUACACAAACACCUUCCUUCUGAUGCGCACCAACUGGCAAGUGGUCGCCUGGCUGUUUCUAUGACCCGCCUGACUGAUGGAAAGCACAUAGCCGUUACUGAAUUUCACUCCAAAGAAGAUGUGGUCCAGGCUCUGCUCUGUAGCUGCUUUGUCCCUGGUUACUGUGGCUUUCUGCCUCCAUCUUUCAGAGGAGUACACUAUAUGGAUGGCGGUUUCAGCAGCAUGCAGCCCCUACUUCCAUUACCCUCCAGCCCCAUACUGACCAUAUGUCCUUUCUCUGGAGACACUGACAUCUGCCCUGCAGACACUCAUUCCAUGUUGGACAUGGUGGUGAGUGGGACCACGCUCAAGGGCAAUAUGGCGAACGGCUUCAGGAUCAUCAAUGCUCUUUACCCCAUGGCUUUGGAGAGUCUGGAACAAGCCUUCCAAAGUGGCUACAAAGAUGCCAUUCAGUUCCUCAUGAGCAACGAUCUCUCACCAUAUUUGCUGAUGCCUAAAGUGUACCAAGGAAAGCUCAGCUAUGACCAAAAUAAUGAACUGAGGCAUUUGGAGAACAAAAAAGAAGAAGUGGAAGCGGAGAUGAAGCUGGAAAAUCAGACCACCACUCUGACAUCUUUUAUAAGCAAAAGAUCCAUGCUGACGAGGAACUCUGCUGAGCAGGAACCCACUAGAUUUCAAGUUAGAGAACCUCUUCUCCAUUUUGACGUAGUAAAGAAUGUUCUGCUCAGCAAUGUGGUCACUUACCUGAGCAUGUUUGGACUCCUGGCGAGGAUCCUGUCCUUGCUGCUCCUUCCUCUCAUGCUGUUGUAUAAUUCCCUGCACCAGACUCAGCACAGACUGGAGGUGGUGUUCAGGCUGGCGCCUGAGUUGAUUGUCUGGAUGUGGUACUGCGUGAAACAUUCUUCCGUCUUCUUCUUCAGCGUAUUUGUCUAUAGCUUCCAGAAGAACCUAAAUGAUAGGGUCAUGCCCGUCAUCCUGGUGCUGAAGUGGCUGAAGGAUCAGACACUGUAUGAGCCUUCACAAAGACAGAAGGACUGAUCGCCUUGUGAUAAGCAUUCAAAAGAUGUCAGGUGUGGGAGGCUGCACUGCUAUUUCUGUUACACGAAACAAAACAAAAAAACAGUCAGUAGUUCAUCAGCUGACUUGUGUGUAAAACAGCCUUCAUGCAUCCACGACCAUUUUGAUGAGUCGAGCUCCAGGGAGUGUUCCUAAUUUAAUUUUCACACAAAAGGUGACAACUUGUCCUAUGAUGUGUUGUUUCAACACUGCACUCUUUCAUUUCUCAUCCCCUUCAGUGUGAGCACUGAUACCUCACUGUGGCCGUACAUCAGUGCGGGCGGUAAGUGUCAGGGCCCUCCGGCACGUUCCACAUUUUCCUUUCACAGCUGCCAUCAUGACAUACACUUUUGAUGUUGACUGAGUAAAAACUUUGACUUUCUUUUGCCCCACUGUGACAAACUGUAACUGAGAUAAAAGUGCAUUUGGAUUUUUGAUGAACAAAUAUUGCUGCUCUUACUGUACGUGCCUUGUAUUCUGCAUUUAAGUGUUUUCGCUUUUGACAGCAUGUGCUUGCUGCUACUGUUUCAGUGAAAUAUUGUGAUUAAAAACAACAACAAUACAACA